AUGUCAUUAAUCAAAGCUGAUAAUCAGAGUUUAUUCAAGUUACCAACUGCUCCAGCCAAGAAAGUAAAAUUUAAAAAACCAAAAGUAUUAGAGGAAGAAACUUAUCUUGAUGAAAUGGGAAAAAUCAUUGAACGAGAUUUCUUUCCUGAUUUGGAAAGACUUAAGGCACAAAAUGAGUAUCUUGAUGCCCAAAGUGAAAAUGAUAUUCUUAAAGUAAGACAACUAAGUUCUAAAUAUGCUAUUAAUUCUGAAAUUUACUCCAGUCCUGCUACAUUUGAAACACCCAUCGAUAAAACUCGUGGUGGCACAGGAGAAGAUAUCGAAAACAAAGAAACCAAAAAUAAAGAACAGGUUACCGCAGAGCCACAUAAAACUAAAAUGUCCCUUGAUCAAUACCUAGGUUCUCAUACUAGCGAAGACAAUAAAAGUUUUGAAGAUAUCAUCAAGGAUUAUCAAGAGCAACAUAAACAAAAACACCCAUGGCUAUUUAAGGAAGAAUCAGCUGCUGAAAAUAUUAAAGAUAGACUCGCCCUUGAAAAUGACUCCUCUGUAAAACCGUUAGAGUUGGAUAUGUGGAACUAUAAAGAUAAGAAUUAUAUAAUGUAUGUUCCUGAUGGUGUAGAUUUAACUUCCGAAGAAAAAGUUGAAAUAGCCAAACGAAAACAAGAAAUUGUUCAUUUAAAUACUAGGCUUCGAGUCAAUCCUUUUGAUGAGAAUGAAAAUAAGGAAAGAAUAUUUGAUUUAGCCCAAAGUCAGUCUAAGAUACUUGAUGGGAAAAUAGGUGUUGAUGGAAAAGUAGUAGUUGCUGGAACACCUAAAAUAAAUGGAUUUAGUUUUGUCAAAACUCCUUCUCCUGCCCCUGGAGUAAAUGAAUCUCCACUCAUGACUUGGGGUGAAAUAGAGGGUACUCCAUUUCGUCUUGAUUCCACGCCUUUAGCACAUGUACCCUCGUUUCAUAUGCCUGAACCACCAAAACGAGAGAGUUUAGCUUUAAAACUUGCUGACAAAGCUGGAGAAAGACAUCGUGAUCGAAAAAAAAAAGCAAUUGAAGCUGCAAGAAGACAGCUGACUUCACCUGCUGGAAGACCUCAUUCUGACAGACUACAGAUGUUAUCACCCGCAGCUAGAAGAUUAGCUUCAUCCCAAAUACAGCGUACAGGUAGUGAUAAAAGACUGAGUGCAUAUUAUAGUCCAAGAGCUUCUCCGAAAUCACAUUUGACACCUACUCCAGCAGCUACUUUGGUAACUACUGAUAAUCUUCUCAAUUUGAAUGUCAAAAGAAGGCCAAGAGCUGUGGAUUAUUUUUCCUAG